GCUAUAACAACAGAUUGGAGGAAGCUGAGAGUUUUGGUGCCUGGAAAACUGGAUUCUAAAUCGUGAGAGGCUUUGAAACACCACCCCGCCCCCCCCAAUAAAACAAAAACCUUUGACUUCUCUCAGCAGGAGGGGGAGGGAGGGCGGAUUUACCAUGAAGACAAAUCGAAGAUGCAGAGCCCUGCUAGCAGUGAGUCUGAAUCUGAUGGCUCUCCUCUUCUCCACAACAGCUUUUAUCACAACCCACUGGUGUGAGGGCACCCAGAGGGUCCCCAAGCCAAGCUGUGGGAAGGAGAAGAAGACAAACUGCCUCAACUACAGUGGGAAUGAGACUGCCAAUGAGACAAACCAGAAUGUGGUUCAUUACAGCUGGGAGACAGGAGAUGACCGGUUCCUUUUCAGGUAUUUUCACACUGGGAUCUGGUACUCCUGUGAGGAAAAUAUCAAUGCUUCUGGUGAAAAAUGUCGAAGUUUUAUUGACCUUGCUCCGGCUUCUGAAAAAGGUGUCCUGUGGCUGUCAGUAGUAUCUGAGGUGUUAUACAUCAUGCUGUUAAUCGUUGGAUUCAGCCUUAUGUGCCUUGAGCUCUUUCAUUCAAGCAGUGUAAUAGAUGGGCUCAAGUUAAAUGCCUUUGCUGCUGUCUUCACUGUGCUUUCAGGUCUCUUGGGGAUGGUGGCACACAUGAUGUAUACUCAAGUUUUCCAAGUGACAGUCAGCCUUGGACCAGAGGACUGGAGGCCUCAUUCAUGGGACUACGGAUGGUCCUUCUGUCUGGCAUGGGGUUCUUUCACCUGCUGCAUGGCGGCCUCCGUUACUACCUUGAACUCUUACACUAAGACUGUCAUUGAGUUCAGACACAAGCGCAAAAUCUUUGAGCAGGGCUUUCGAGAAGAACAGAACUUCCUAGACCAGGAAGCCAUCAAGUACUUCAGAGAAAGGACUGAGGAGGAGAGGGCUGAGGCUGGGGACCUGAGGUUACAGUGCCUCCAUAGCUGCUCCCCAAAUAGAAAGAGGUGUUGUGUCUCCAUCAAUUUCCUUGCAAAGAAAGCAAUUCUUCAUUCAGCAGGAGGGAGGAUGGGGAAAGUGGCUUGCUUAACAGAGCUCUAGGAUUAAGUCUGUGCUAAUAAAAAAUGGAAACUUCAUAGCAUUUUGCUGCUUCUGUCUUGCUGAGGUGCACAUCUCAGCCACAUACUCAUGGAAGCUUGGUGUCCAAAACCCUAAUGAUUAAUGGUUCUGCUUCCUCAUCAGACCGGCUGGAGCAGCUCUCCAGGUGGUCUCCACACAGACAUGCUAGGACAUGCUAGUGUUAGUGCUACUCUCAGGCUUGCUUUGUCAUCAGCUCAGUUGGUAACUCUUGCUCCUUGAAAAUGUCAUGGCAGUUGUAGAACUUUCCACAGGCAUAUCCACAUCCUUCAUUUUUGCAGGCCUGAAAAAAUCUAUUAGUAUGAAAUUGUUCUGGGUCAUAUUUCCCAAGAAAACUCCCUCCCUACCAAGCUAAUGGCUAGUGCUCAAAUGUGCUUAUUUCAUUAUGAUGACUGCCCAAAGGUUUUUGUUUCAAAGAACAAAUAACAAUUCUUGACAUCAUGAAGUGUUCCAAAGAAUAGAACCAAGGCUCUGUUGGUCCUGUGCCCAGCCCUGCUCAGUACUUCCCUUUGAAAGACGUGCAGCUUACCUCGACAGCUGUGCUGACACAUCUGUAAAGGCAAACUGCAAAAGAGAAGUCAGGUAUCCAAAUCAUCCGGUGCACUUCAUUCAAUGUGUUCAUCUCAGUGUCUUCAAUUACAGGCAAUUGCUUCUGAAAGCAAACAGUAAAAACUGCAUAUACCAUUAAACUAAUAAGCAAUAGUAGCAAUACGAGCAUUAUACAAAAGGUGUCCCUUCAGCUAACCAGACUUCAAGACAAUGCUGUGGUUUUAUUUGUAAAGACCAUUACAGUGUUUCAGUUAAAAGAGACACAGAACUGGGCAAGGUCUGGAUGGAAGAGAAAAGUCAGUAGAUGUGAAAUCCAUCUGGAAAAGAGAAUGUCUGCCCAUCACCACACCUUGCCAUUACAGGAGCAGAUGCAAAUCCAACACAGUUCCCAAGUCACUAAAAGUUCAUUUUAGUUCCUCCUGCUAUCUUGCCCUCAAGUAUUUUCCCAGAACAUUCUGGUUUCCUUUUUCCGUGUGAUACUUCAGAAUAAACUUCACUCAUUUCUUCAUUUGACUGGCAGCGGGUUUAUCUUGUGAUAUACAAUAGCUACAGAACUGUCACCCCACCUUUUCAUG